AUGCUAGAAGAAGCGUCGGUAACGACAAGUUACAUGGUAUUACUGAAACUCAAAUCGUUGAUAAAUCCGGAUUUCAAUGUACAGUUAAAGGCAUACGUGUUACCAAAAAUCACAACGAAUCUCCCUGCACGCAAGGUGGACGCGUCGGAAUGGCCACAUUUAGAGAAUUUGGUUCUGGCUGACCCCGGUUACGGCACACCAAGUAAAGUUGAUAUUUUAUUGGGAGCAGCGGUAUAUGCCCAGAUACUGCAGGAGGGUGUAAAGAAGGGUCCUAUUGGAACUCCAAUAGCACAGUGUACUAGUUUAGGAUGGAUUUUGUCUGGAGGCUCAGCAGAUCAUAACGAAAGGAAAAUUGUAUUACAUGCACAAGUGGAUACGGACAACGAAAUAAUAAAACAGUUUUGGGAGAUGGAAUCAGAACCUUUAUUAACCUCAAAAAAGAUGUUGACGACCGAAGAGCAGCGAUGUGAAGACAUCUUUUCAGCAACGACUACACGGGACAACCUUGGCAGAUAUGUGGUUAAAUUACCAUUUCGUGAUGAGAAUCCAGCCUGUAAAGAAGGAAAUUCAAGAGAAAUUGCUAUUAAGAGGUUAAAGUCACUGGAAAGGAAAUUUGCUAAAGACAAUAAUUUAAAAGAGAAGUAUACAGCAGUUGUGAAAGAAUACUUACAGUUGGACCACAUGAUGUUAGUUCCUGCGGCUAGAGAAAGUGAAAAACAGUGCGUGUAUUUACCCCACCACGCUGUCAUCAGGGAGGACAAGUCAACUAGCAAGGUCCGGGUGGUCUUCGACGCGUCCUGCAAAAAUGAGAAAGGUAUAUCCUUAAACGAUAGUUUAAUGAUUGGACCUACGCUACAGCCGGAGUUGCGUCAUCUCAUUAUGCAAUGGAGAAUACAUCCCGUAUGUCUGAUUGCAGACAUCGUGAAGAUGUAUCGCAUGGUAAGAGUGACUGAUCAGGACGCUGACUAUCAACGCAUUGUAUGGAGAGAUAAUCAAACCGAAGAAAUACAAGAUUAUAAGUUGCUAACAGUUACGUUUGGAACAGCGUCAGCACCAUAUCUUGCCGUUAAAGCACUUAAUCAGGUCGCCAUUGACCAUGCGAGCGAGCAUCCAAUGGCAGCAAAGAGAGUUGCUGAUAGUUUUUAUAUGGAUGACUUAAUGACAGGAUGUGAAACCAUAGAAGAGGGUAUAGAACUUUAUAAAGAAAUGAAGGCUCUACUUAAGAAAGGAGGUUUUAUUUUGCAAAAGUGGGCAAGUAAUAAGGAAGAUGUACAGAGAACUAUAGAUUUAUAUGAGAAGGGAGAAAGAGUGCUGGAAAGGGAAGAAAAGAAUCUGGAAUUAAAACAAGGUAAUAUAGUAAAGAUUUUAGGACUUACCUGGAAUAAAACGAAGGAUGAGUUUCAGUACUCAGUCACGCUGCCUCCUGUAUCUGCUCCUGUAACAAAAGGAAGAUUGUAUCAGACGUCGCACGACUUUUCGAUCCUUUGGGUUGGAUCGCCCCAUGUGUUAUAA